GAUCAGAUAACUUUCCAAAGUGAAUGAAUGUGGAUGGUUUGAUUGAAAAUGAUUAAUUGGUGCGUGGUAGAGGGUAUUUGCUGUGGGAACAUUACAAGAGGGUUGUAUUAUAAUGCAAGCAAACAAGAAAUUUCAGGGUUUCAAGAUUUAGGGCAUUUAGGGAAGUCAAAUAUUCAUGCAAAUCAUGCAUUAGUUUUCAUGGUUAGAGGCAUACAUAAAAGCUGGAAGCAGGUUGUUGCUUAUUAUUUCACUCACAACUCAGUUUCAAGUAUCACUUUAAAAAGUCUUAUUACCUAUGUCAUAAAGCAAUUGCAAGAAAUAGGGCUAAAGGUAGUUCAUAUAGUUUGUGACCAGGGUGAAACCAACCAGGGAGCACUGAAGGAACUCUGCUGUGAGAAAUCUACUGAGGCUUUUCUUCUGGAUCAGCAGAAGAUGUUUAAGACAUCACCAAAACUACGUAGGAAUCAUUUUGAAUUAAUUACUAAAAUUAAAGUCAAGGUAGCUGCAGCCCAGGUUAGUCAUACAGUUGCUGCAGUUAUUGAAACUUAUGUGGCAUUUAAUAUCUUACCUGCUGAGGCAAUAUACACUGCAGAAUUUGUUGAAAAGAUGGAUUGUUUAUUUGAUUCACUGAACAGUUCCUAUUGUUAUCCACAAGAUGAAAAUGGCUUUAAUUUUUUAAGCAUGAGGGCUUUCAAUCAAGACCCAGUGGAGAAUGUAUUUUGUUGUGUGAGGCAGCAUGGUGUUGCAAACACCAACCCAACUUGCUUUCAGUUCAAAGCAGCAUUGAAAACAGUUAUAGCCAAUAACAUGUCCUUACCUACAAAGUCACUAGGUAAUUGUGAGGAUGAUAGAUGCAUGCCAUUAAGCAAUUUAAGGCAAUUUUUGGGAGCUAGUGAUGACAACUUUCUUGACUCCACAACAGACCAUUCCAUUAUAGAUCGAAGUGCUUUAUAUUGUGCCCUUGCUGAUAAUGAAGCUUCUGCUGGUAGUGGUGGGGCUGAUGUAAGAAAUGACAGACAAGCACUAGCAUAUGUAGCUGGUUACAUUCUACGAAAGAUGGGUGUAACAUUUGAAACCAACAGUAGUGGCUGUAAAACAACUCUGUUCUCACCAACACCCACAGAACAUCAUUUAUUUACAAGUUUCAAAGAAUAUGAUGCUUUAAACCCAAAAUUAUUGUAUUCUAGUGACAGCUUAAUGUCCUUUGUAGCAAAUGUUCAUACAUCACAGGCACAAGGCCCACAGGCAGACCCAUCUAUGGAAAAACUGAUGAACGAACUAGCUAGACUAAAUGCUAGGCUGAAGAAAUAUGCCAAUAACAAUGGGGUUAGAGGCAAGAACAACCAGCGUCGCUGA